CGCAAAUACCAUCGGAGCGGUUGCAGACGUGCUCUUAACAUGCUGUAUUUAUUAUUAAUCCAGUUAUCAAUACUUCAAAUGUACAGUGCUAAUCGUAACUUUAAAUAUGAGCGUAGUUGGAAAUUAUUUUCUUACGAUAUUGAUGGAGUAAAAUACACGAAUGACUCGGAUUACGAAUAUAAAGAAGGAACGUUCCAAUUUCAGGACAUGGUCUUAGAGGAUCAUGAAAAGUUUCUAAUAAGACACAACCUGAUUCCCUAUAACUUUAUUGAUGAUGUUAUUCGAACAAUAAUAAGCAUCCCGAGAACUCGUCCCGGAAUUCCAUUUACAGUUAACUAUAUUAAUAACUUUGAUAAUGAAAAGGAGCUAGUACUGAGACCAUUUCCUAAUGCGAACGUUGGUAAAGAAUUGAUAUCAGUUUUUACGAUGGUUGAAGCAAUUUGUUCUAGAAUAUGGUUUGUUGAUACAGGAUAUCUGGAUAUCCCAGGUAUAAGAAAGCAAGUUAAACCAGCAGCAUUGCUACUUUUUAAUAAAUAUGAAGAACAACCGCAUUUCAGGAAAGACAUCGACAAUGCUUUUCUCCACAACGGUAUCACUAGUGAACUCUUUCUGUUUUUGUGGAUAGAGUUUGAAACACAAUACAGGCUAGAAGUUGAAAAAUAUAGAAAAAGGCCGAAUGAAACAUACGAACACUAUGUCGAUUUUUUAAAUUCUACAAAUCAACUGUAUGAUCCAAAACGUGAUUCAAGACCUCGUGAUACAUUUAACAGCACGAACUAUCCAAAUUAUGAAGGGAUGCUAUACACGAAAAAUUAUGAUGGUGACAUUUUGUUAUUCACGGAUUGGAAUCGGUACAAGCUUUACUGUUGGAAUAUGGAUACUCCAUCUGAAGAUAACAAUGUUGAUUGGCUCACAACAAUCGAUGAGAGUAAAUAUAGAUUUGCAGCUCUAGAUAUGUCCGCUAGGGUUUUUCGCGGACUAAUGCAGAGAACUUUAAAUAGCACGUCGUCAAAGUUCAAUGAAGACGAAUCCAACUUUUGGCUUUUCUCGAAGGACAUUGACGAGUUGCUGGAGGGAUCAAAAUGCAUAAAUAACCGGUCCACGCAUAAAAUGACGCGGAGAUCGACGCGUCAAACUAUUAUUUUUCAAAAGAAUAUGAAGAAAAUGCGUACCUGAUAUCGUCAUUAGAGGUGUUGAAAAUAUAUCGAGACAUCUUGAACGGAAUGGCGCACUCGGUAUCGAGUCUCGAAGCGUGACCUUCAAAAACAGAACGGCGUUUUGGAAAUUUUAAUAGUAAUAAAUAAACUUUAUAAAACAA